AUGUGUGAUGCAAGUGACUACGCAGUUGGGGCGGUUUUGGGUCAGCUAAAGGAAAAGGUCUUACAUGAUAUCUACUACGCUAGUAAGACCUUAGAUGAAGCUCAGGGGGCUGAGAAUGUGGUUGCAGACCACUUAUCUAGAUUGAGUUAUGAUGAUGGUAAAAUGUCCACACCGAUAGAUGAUUCAUUUCCAGAUGAUCACCUACUUGCACUUGCCAGUCAGUCACCGUGGUUUGCAGACUAUGCGAUCUACAUUGUGGGGUGUAUUCUUCCGUCCGAUCUCACAUAUCAACAGAAGAAGAAGUUCCUGCAUGAUGUUCGGUUCUACUUUUGGGAUGAUCCACAUUUGUUCCGUGAUACUGCUGAAGGUUAUAUGAGCGAUGUGUUCCACAAUGGGAAGUCCAUGAGGGCCGACACUAUCUCGAGGAGGCAUGAGAUGCCAGAGAACGGAAUUCUUGAGGUUGAGGUUUUUUAUGUGUGGGGGAUAGACUACAUGGGACCAUACCCAUCGUCUAAGGGUAAUCUAUUUGGAGUACCGAGGGCAGUGAUCAGUGAUGGAGGGUCGCACUUGCAUGAGAAGCAUCUAGAUGCGCUCCUGCGCAAAUAUGAGGUCUACCACCGUACCGGACUAGCAUUUCACCCUCAGACGAGUGGGCAAGUUGAGGUCUCUAACCGGGAGAUCAAAUCUAUACUUGAGAAGGUGGUGGAAAAAUCUAGGAAGGACUGGAGCGACAAGCUUGAUGAUACUCUAUGGACGUAUAGAACUUCUUUCAAGACACCUAUUGGUACUUCCCCGUAUCGAUUGGUGUAUGGUAAUGCAUGUCAUUUGCCGGUAGAAAUGGAGUAUAAGGCUUAUUGGGCGAUCAAACAACUAAACAUGGAUGCUAAGUCAGGCGGUGAGCAGCGGCUACUACAGUUGAGUGAGCUAGAUGAGUUUAUGUUGCAAGCCUACGACAGUGCCCGUAUCUACAAGGAAAAGACUAAGAGAUGGCACGAUAGUCACAUUCUUAAGAGGAAGUUCGCAGUGGGCGACAAGGUCCUACUAUUUAACUUUAGACUUAAGUUAUUUUCUGGAGAACUUAAGUCUAGAUGGUCUGGGCCGUUCACUGUAACCAUGGUUAGUAAGUUUGGAUCAGUCGAAGUAGAGAACAACAAUGUUAUUGGCAAUGGAGGCGUGAAAAGAGGGAAUUUUACUGUUUGGGCAUUUAGUGGUGUGCAGGUUUAA